CCUGAACCUUGUUUUUUGCUCCCCCUCCCCAAAACUUUAAGAACUAGGGUUAGCUUAUUGUGGCCAAGAGGGUUAUAGAUCUAACCCAUUUGAAACCCUAAUAUUACUGAGCCAAAUUUUUUUCUUUUCUUGGGACCUGAGAAUAGUCAUAUUUAUAACCCAUCUAUUUGUUUUUUGUACCCUUUUGUUUUCUACGAAUCGAAGAAUAAUAGAAAAAAAAAAAAGGAAAAAAGAAAAAGAAAAAGGAAAGAGCAAGUCAUGGCCAAGGAGAGUCACCUCCAAGUACUGGGUUUGAAUUCGAAAUCAAUGGCAGGAUGGUCGAUUUUGGCUGAUGGGUCAGUUGUAGAGUGCCUUGAAAUCCUUCAUUACCUUCAGAGCAAUGGGUUCUGCUUGGGUCUCGAUGCUUCUCUAAAAGGAAGUCUUUCUGGUUGCAAAGAUAAGCUUCGAUGUUUGUUCGAUCACAUUCUUACUGUUUUCCUCAAAGAUAUCUGUAUCGGACAUGAACUUCGGUGCUUACCUUCAAUGCUUGGAGAUGGGCAGUGUGUAGAUUUGUUUAAACUCUUCUGGGUAGUGAGACAUAAGGGUGGAUACGAUUGCGUGUGUAAGGAUGAAAAGUGGUCUUCUGUGGCAGAAGAAUCCGGCUUUGAUUCGGGAGUUGCGUCGUCUCUGAAACUGAUAUAUGUCAAGUAUUUGUAUACAUUGGAUCGAUGGUUGCAGAGAAUAUUCAAAGAUAAGGGCGUUAGAAGAGGUUUAUCGGACAGUAGUGGAGACCUGGGUGUGUUACCCGCUGAGCUAAGGACUGAGUUUAAAGGUAUGUUAUCGGAGCUGUCAGAUCAAAUGAACAUAGAUGGGAGACACAUUCAGUUGGAUUCAGGGAAGAAUGAGUUUCUCUUGCCAGCUAUGGAUUCAGGAAAGAACGAGUUUCUCUUGCCACUUGAUGUGCCUAAUGUGAUGCAAGCUGAUGGUGGCAAGAAUUAUGUUGAUGAUGACGAAGCAGUUGAAAUGUUGGAUUGCGGAGCUGACAUUUGCUCUCGCAAGAGGAAGCGAGAGUGGUUCUUUUCAGGAAUGCUGAAUUGGGUCAUCGAGGCUGCCAAAGAUCCUUGUGAUCUUACAAUUGGAAUAAUACCUGAAUGGUCUAAGUGGAAAUCUCACGAAGGUAAUGAGUUCUGGGUGCAGGCUCUGUUGGCUCGAGAAGCUCUGUUAAUGAAAAAGCAGAUUUGCUCAACUUCUGAACAGUCCAUCUUCCAGAAAAAACAAAAGAUGCAUCCGUCCAUGUAUGAGGAUCCUGUUGAUGGCAAUCAUCAGUCAACUGAAAGAUUGAGGUGCAGCCAGAGAAUCCUUUCUCUGAAAAAUUCUUUCUCACCUGCCCCUUCACUGUCAUCCUCCUCCAGUCGAAGUAACCCAAAAACGAGUCUUACUCCUAGCAUUGCAGCGCUGGAAAAUUACCAAAACAGAAAACAUGUGCCUGUUGAUUCUUCAACUCCCAUUGUUGGUGGUGUCUCUGGUGACGAUCACCUCCAACAACAUGUUUCUGUAGGUCCACUUUUUCAAGCUCGAGUGCCAGAUUGGACUGGUGUUCCUUCAGAAAGUGACUGUAAAUGGUUAGGGACACAGGUUUGGCCACUGGAAACAGGUCAAUAUUAUACGCUCAUUGAAAGCGAUCCUAUUGGAAAGGGUAGACAAUAUUGGUGUGAUUGCCGACUUCCAGGUUCAGUCGAAUGUGUGAGAUUUCACAUUGCCGAGAAAAGGAUGAGACUGAAGAUUGAACUAGGGUCUGCUUUCCAUAUUUGGAAAUUUAAUGAUAUGGGUGAAGAGGUUUCUCUUCCAUGGACAGAGGAAGAAGAAAAGAAGUUCAAGGCUAUAGUAAGAUUAAAUCCUCCAUCUCUGGGAAGGACUUUUUGGGACCAAAUUUACAAAUGCUUUCCCAACAAGAAGAGGAGAGACUUGGUGAGCUAUUACUUCAAUGCAUUUCUUCUUCGGCGCCGUAGUUACCAGAAUCGUGUGACUCCAAACAGUAUUGACAGUGAUGAUGAUGAAUCAGAGUUUGGAUCUGUAAGUAAUGGUUUUGGGCAUGAAGCAGUAAAGGUUGCAGAUUCAAAUUCUGUCUUGUGUGUUCAAAAUGAGCAGUGUAUUGAUUUGGAAGAACAUGCCUAGGUGGAUUGGAAAUCUAGAUUCUGCUCAGAAGUGCAGGGUGUCGGUCAACGAUUUUCAAUGGAAAUUAGGAGGGUUUUUCUUUAGAUUCCCUGGUGCAGCAUCAAUUGCAACAUCUGCAAAAUGGAGUGCUGAUGGGCUAAAGAUUUUUGUAGUCUUAUGGGUGAAACAAUUUUGGAGAGAUGAUAGCACCCAUGCUGGAGGAAACUGCCCACAGUGGGUACUUGGUGGUGCAUGAUGCUGCAAGUUUGGAAUUUCUGAUAACUGAAGCAUGUGACAUAGGCCAUUUAUGUCUUACUCUCGCAGUAUAUGUUUUCAUGAUAUGCUGUUUCACUCUGGUGGAUGAAGCAUCGAGUAUCAAGAUCAAAGAGGUAUCUUGAGAUUACAUUUUAUCCAUUUAAAUCUUUGCUUCGUAAAGCAAGGCUGACUCAAACCUGAACAAUCCCCCAAACCCCCCCCCCCCCCCCCAAAAAAAAAAAAAAAAAUUUACAUACAUACAUACACCAAGAGAGAAAUAGAGAGUAGAACAUACAUGGUAAUUUGCAGAUUUAGGUAAAUGGUGGUCAUGGAUUUUUUUUUUUUUUUUUUUUUUUUUAAAGUGUCUUAUAGAGAUUGUUUUAUGCCCAUGAGAAUAUGAGCGUAAGAGGAUAACUUUUUUUUUC